AUGUUAACCUCUGCACCACUUAUUGAAGGGAUAAGUCAAAUAUCGUGGCCAGCAAUUAAUACAAAAAAAGAUGCUCAGUAUUAUCCUGUAGAAUGUGACCAACACCUACUCACCAAACUAGAUAAACCUUUCCUAGGUAAUUUAAAAGAAACAGUUUUUAUGGUACAGGAGAAACAAGAAAAAUCUUGA